AUGACGUACUGCAAUGCAAGGAUCCUCCAAGGUUUCAAGGCUAACAGGAGACGAGUUUUCCAGCAACAGGUGGAAGAGAAGGCUAAGAGGGGCGGUCAAGAGCAAUCCAAGGAAACAGCCGCAGGUAUAGGCACUCAAAGCGAGCAGGAUCAAAAGAGUGCACCAUAUCUCAUUGCAGGAUUCUUUCACCCUUACUGCAACGCUGGCGGUGGUGGGGAGCGUGUGCUAUGGACAGCAAUUCGUGAUAUCCAGCAAAAAUACCCACAUGUGAUAUCAGUCGUUUACACAGGAGAUACGGAUGUCGACAAGGAGUCAAUUCUGGAAAGGGUCCGUACUCGGUUCAACAUCGAGCUGGAUCCCGCCCUGGUCGGAUUCGAAUUCCUGAAGAAACGCUCCUGGGUGGAGAAUGCGACGUGGCCUCGGUUUACGUUGAUUGGACAGAGCAUUGGUUCGAUCGUCUUGGGAUGGGAGGCUCUUCAGUGCGUCGUACCUGAUAUCUGGAUCGACACAAUGGGAUAUGCGUUCACGUACCCAGCAGCAAGGAUGUUUGGCGGAUGCCAGGUCGUUGCAUACGUUCACUACCCAACGAUCAGCUCCGACAUGAUCGGCCGUGUGGCCAGUCGAGAGAGCGGCCAUAACAAUGCGGCCGAGGUCGCAUCCAGCUCACUCUAUACGAUUCUGAAACUUGUCUAUUACCGCUGCUUUGCAUUCCUCUACGCAAUUAUCGGUGCACUAGCUCAUGUUGUAAUGGUUAAUUCCUCCUGGACCAAGGCCCACAUUGAUUCAUUGUGGAAGAUCAAGUCCACGGUCGUGUAUCCGCCUUGUGAUACAGAGGCGUUCAAAGGUUUCUCUCUCAAGGAUCGGAAACGGAUCGUGGUCAGUGUGGCACAGUUCCGGCCGGAGAAGGGACAUGGCCUACAGUUGGAGGCGAUGGCACAACUGUUGAAAGAUCAUCCGGAAUAUCGUCAAACUGCGGAGGGGGAUAAGAACCCAAAGGCGGUGCAGCUUGUCAUGCUCGGAAGCGCUCGCAAUGAAGGUGACCAGGCCAGGAUAAAGCAGCUGAAGAAGAAGGCUGCCGACCUUGAGAUUUCUGACAAUGUCACGUUUGUCGUAAACGCACCUUUCAGUGAUCUCCAGGCAUGGCUGGCGCGCUCUAAGAUUGGCAUCCAUGCCAUGCUGGAUGAGCACUUUGGUAUUGGCGUUGUCGAGUAUAUGGCUGCAGGAUUAAUACCAGUUGCUCACAACUCUGCAGGUCCAAAAAUGGAUAUUGUGCAGCCAUAUCACAACGAACCUACGGGAUACUUGGCAAUUACCGCAAAAGAAUUUGCGGACGCGAUCGAAAAGGUGCUAUCGGCCGAGGAAGGAUCGCUUUUAGAUAUGCAGCUUCGCGCUCGGGAUAGUGUUCAGGAACGGUUCUCGGAGAAGGUCUUUGGGGAGCAAUUGCAGAAGUGUAUGCACGAAGUGCUGUCGCUCGAGAAGGUCACUAUCUAUGGACGCAAGCUGAUCGAUCCGCCGGUGGAGGAGGCCAGGUAG